UCUAUAUUUCGUUGAUCUCCCGCCAUAGUGCUGAGUGUAGCACAUUGUUUUGAUUGUGAUGAUCAAAAGUUUUUGUUAAUUGAUCAUGUCUAGUUUACACGUCGACAAAGACAUUUUUUUAAAAAGAGUAAAGCGAUUUUAUCAAGCCUGGAGCAAAUCAACAAGUGAUGCCCUUAGUCAGAUUGAUGCCUUGGUUACAGCAGUUGGCGUGGAUGAGGAGGUGGUUUAUUCCAAGUCAACAGCUUUACAGACAUGGCUGUUUGGCUACGAGUUGACAGACACGAUUAUGGUACUCAGUGAGAAGAGCAUUUCCAUUCUGGCAAGUAAGAAGAAGAUUGACUUCCUGAAGCAGUUGGAGGCAUCCAAGGAAAAUGACCAACCCCAAAUCAAAUUGCUGACCAGAGAUAAGGGGGACAAGGAUAAAGGAAAUUUUCAGAAGCUGAUCAGUGAAAUCAAAUCGAGUAAAAAGGGAAAAUCUGUUGGAGAAUUCAGUAAGGACAAGUUUCCCGGGGAGUUUAUGGAAAGUUGGAGGUCAGCACUGUCAGAUGCUUCUUUCCAGAAGGUGGAUGUGAGCUCAAUCAUGGCCUACAUAAUGGCCCCGAAAGAAGAUUCGGAGAUCAAAACAAUGCAGAAAGCCUCAGCUGUCACGUGCGAGGUUUUCUCUAAAUACCUCCGAGAGCAGAUCAUGGAGAUCAUUGAUGCAGAGAAGAAAGUGAAGCACUCAAAAUUAGCUGAUGGCGUGGAACAGGCUCUACAGAACAAGAAGAUUGUUGUAGGGGUCGACAUUGGGCAGCUGGACAUGUGUUACCCUGCCAUUGUGCAGAGCGGGGGGAAAUACAGUCUGAAAUUCUCCACGGUCAGCGAUGACUCAAACAUGGACUUUGGGACCAUAAUCUGUGCCCUGGGGGUGAGAUACAAGUCGUACUGUGCCAACAUUGUGAGGACUCUAAUGGUGGACCCAUCAGACAAACAACAAAAGGAUUAUGACUUCCUGUUGAAGGUGGAAGAGGAGAUACUAAACAAACUACAGGAUGGGACCAAGCUUAGUGAUGUGUAUGAGAAAGUUGUGUCCUUUGUGAAGAAGGAGCGGUCCGACCUGGAAAGUAAGAUGACCAAAUCUCUGGGGUUUGCCAUGGGGAUUGAAUUCAGGGAAGGGUCCCUACUAAUUUCAGCUAAGGCUGGUGCCAAAGCUAAGAAAGGUAUGACUUUCAAUAUUAAUGUGGGAUUUGGUGACCUGGUUAAUGAUGAUAAGAAAAAAUAUGCCCUAUUCCUUGGUGACACGGUCCUUGUAAAUGAGGGUUCCCCAGCAUCUUUGUUGACAACCAAGCAGAAGAAGAUCAAGCAUGUGUGUAUCUUCCUGAAGGACCCGGAUGAGGUGGAGGAGGAAGAUGAGAAGGAGGAACCAGUCCUACUCGGAAGAGGACAGAGAAAUGCAGUCCUCGACAGUCGAACCAGGACGGAGAUGACUGCAGAAGAAAAAAGACAUGAUCAUCAAAAAGAGCUGGCAAACAAAAUCAAUGAAGAAGCCCGGGAAAGACUGAAAGGACUCAAGGGAGACAAUGAGGAGAAAAAAGUGAGAAAGUCAGCAGUUUCCUAUUCAUCAACUUCAAAGAUGCCUCAGGAGACAGAAGUUCGGAAUUUACAGCUGUAUGUAGAUCGUAAAUAUGAGACCGUGAUAUUACCAAUAUUUGGAACUCCAACUCCAUUCCACAUUGCAACAAUUAAGAACAUCAGUCAGUCAGUGGAAGGGGACUAUACCUACCUACGUAUCAACUUCUUCCACCCGGGGGCGGCUUUGGGACGGAACGAUGGCACCAGUUUCCCUCAGCCAGAUGCCACCUUUGUUAAGGAAAUAACAUAUAGAAGUUCAAAUACUAAAGAGCCUGGGGAGAUAUCAGCACCCUCGUCCAACCUGAAUACAGCAUACAGACUAAUCAAAGAAGUACAGAAAAAGUUCAAGACCAGAGAAGCUGAGGAAAGAGAGAAAGAGGGUAUUGUAAAACAAGACACCCUAAUCAUCAGCCCCAACAGAGGUAACCCCAAACUGAAGGACCUCUACAUCAGGCCCAACAUUGUGUCCAAGAGAAUCUCUGGGACACUUGAAGCACAUACAAACGGUUUUCGUUUUACGUCAAUUCGAGGAGACAAAGUAGACAUUUUGUAUAACAACAUCAAGAACGCCUUCUUUCAGCCGUGUGACGGGGAAAUGGUCAUCCUGCUACACUUCCAUCUCAAGCAUGCCAUUCUGUUUGGGAAGAAGAAACAUGUGGACGUUCAGUUUUACACAGAGGUGGGAGAAGUGACCACAGAUCUUGGGAAACACCAGCAUAUGCAUGACAGAGAUGAUCUUCAUGCGGAACAGGCCGAACGAGAACUGAGACAGAAGUUAAAAGCUGCCUUUAAAGGUUUUUGUGAGAAAGUGGAGGCCAUUACUAAAGGGGAGGUGGAGUUUGACUCGCCGUUCCGGGAGCUGGGAUUUUAUGGAGCUCCAUUCAGGAGUACUGUGUUGUUACAACCCACCAGUGGCUGUGUGGUCCAUCUCACAGAGUGGCCUCCCUUUGUGGUGUCGUUGGAUGAAGUGGAGCUGAUUCACUUUGAACGUGUCCAGUUCCAUCUAAAGAACUUCGACAUGGUGUUUGUGUUUAAAGAUUACAACAAGAAAGCAUCCAUGAUCAACUCCAUUCCAAUGAACAUGUUAGACCAUGUCAAAGAUUGGCUUAAUUCUUGUGAAGUCCACUACACAGAGGGCAUUCAGAGCUUGAAUUGGGCCAAAAUUAUGAAGACGAUCACAGAUGACCCAGAAGGCUUCUUUGACAAUGGAGGGUGGUCAUUCUUGGAACCUGAGAGUGCCGAUGAGGCUGAUGAUGAUGAUGAAGAUGAAGAAGAUGAGGCAUACAAUCCAACAGAUGCAGACAGUGAGGAGAUGGACUCCAGUGACUACAGCGAAGAAAGUGAUUGGUCAGGGGAGGCAGAGGACACCUCAGAGGAGGAACUGGGAUCUAGUGAAGAAAGUGGAAAAGACUGGGAUGAACUCGAGGAAGAGGCUCGCAGAGCUGACGCUGAGGCAAACUAUGAAGUAAUUGAUGACAGAAAACUCCAAUCAUCAUCUCAUCACAAACCCUCCUCCUCCUCCUCCUCCUCAAAACACCACAAGUCAUCACACCACAAGUCGCCACACCACAAGUCACCACACCACAAGUCACCACACAAGUCUCCACACAAGUCGUCACAUAAGUCGCCACACAAAUCAUCCCACAAGUCAUCCCACAAAUCACCACACAAGUCCGACCACAAACGAAAGCGAGAGGAAAGCGGAGAUCGUCACAAAGACAAAAAGAGGAGGAGAUAACUCCAUUGUUAAUUGGAUUGCAGUAAGGGAGAUUACUCUACACAGACAGAUUUAACUACAAGAUAUGUGUGAUCAAGUGCUUAGUCGUUUACCUAUGACUGUAUUUUGUUGUAUAUUUUGUGUUGAGAAAUUUAAAUUCUGGAAUAUCACUUACAGUGUAUGUAUACCGUAUACAUGUUGCUGAUGAAAAAUACAGCAAUCUUAUUUAAGAAGUCACAUGAUACAUUUAUCUACAUGUAUAUAAAAUCAUUGCAUGAACAGCGUUGUUUUUUUCCCCCUUAUGAAACUGGUACCAAUAAGAAGUACCUUUCCCAAAGUCAAAUGCUGUUAAUUUUCCCUAAUUUUAACAUCGUAAUUCAAGGCUAAUAAUUUGCUUUGUGUGAAAUAUAGUACGUAUUAACUACAUUGUAAUUUCUAUACUGCCUGGUAAUUAGGAGGUAGAUGUCAAUAAACUGGAGAAUGUUUUCUACCUGUGAUCAUGUCUUAUAAUAGCAAAAAAGGACAUAUAGCAACGGUAGUAGAUGAAUUGAUGUCCUGUUUGUGAAGGCUCCUCCUCAGCAGUUACAGGCUGGUCAUUUGAAAAUAAAUGCCAUUUGUUGAUAUGAUAAAAAAUUCCCAAUUCUAUUUUGAUGUUUUAUUUUCCACUUGAACGAGUACCAUUCCCAUAUGGUAGGGGGGAAAAUGCUGAUGUAAAUAUUCAUAGAUUUUCAAUGAACAAUCAAUGUGGACUGUAACAGAUAGUUUUGGAUCUAUUCAAGAUCUUAACUGUUCAAAGGAAGUUUUACUUUAAAGCUAUAUGAAAAAAUGUUUUUUUAAUAAAACAAACGUAGUUGUU